AUGCUAAACCUGUCUGAGCUCCCUGUCAAUGCAACAUCUCCAAACAGCCUGUCUGUGAUCAUCAAGGUGUGUGUGGUGAUCCCCUUCUUCUGCAUCUACCUCUGCUGCAUCGCGGUAAUGCUGCAGAUCUUCGCCUCGCACAGGCAGUUCAUGGACACUUCACGUUACAUCCUGUUUGCACACAUGCUGAUCAACGAUACCCUGCAGAUCCUGUCAUCUGUGCUGCUCUUUCUCUGCGUGAUGGGUGACAUUAGAUUCCCCAUUGUGUACUGUGUCCCCCUACUGAUUGUUUCCACUGCCACUUUCCAAAAUACAACCUUGAUCCUGGCCACAAUGUCACUGGAGCGUUAUGUUGCCAUCCUGUAUCCCCUGCAGUGCCCGACCGCCUGGCGCUCAGACCGUAUUUGGAUAAUUAUCAUGUCUCUGUGGUUCAUCAGCUUCAUUUUCCCCAUCAUUGAGUAUCCAAUUGGGAAACAAAACCCUGCCGUGGAUGUCCUCACUACUCCUUUGGUUUGCAAAACUGCUGUUGUCCACUCAUCCCCGAUCCAGGCCCUGGUCAGAGCUGCUGUGAAUAUGCUCUUUUUUGCAGUGGUGGGAGUCAUCAUCCUCUUCACGUAUGUGAGGAUCCUGCUGGAAACCAGGAAGCUGCGGCAGGACAGACAGUCUGUGAGAAAAGCCAUGCGCACGGUGCUUCUCCACGGCUUUCAGCUGCUGCUGUGCAUGUUGGCCUUCACUCACCCCUUCACUGAAAGUUUCAUGGAUGAGCACAUAAAAUGGCUACCUUCAGACAUAGCAUUUUUUAACUACUUCUGUUUCAUCCUUGUCCCACGCGUCCUCAGCCCGCUCAUCUACGGCUUCAGAGACCAGAGUCUCAGAGGCCAGAUUGGAAAAAACCUCACCUGUUGCUCAAUAAAAGUCAAACCAUAUGUUGCCUGGUGA